AAACACCACUUGCUCUUCCCCACAUCCACAUUUUCUGAUUCUUAUCCAAGCUAAAAGAAAGGAUAACCAGUCUGCUCUCAACAAUGAUAACAAAAAAAUAUGGAAGACACAAUAUGGAAUCAAAGAAUCCAAGCAUUAACACACAUCAUACUUAAUCCCACAACUAAACCAUCUUUUGAAUCCCAAAUCUUCAUUUCUAACCAAAUCCCCUGUUACCUCAAUUGGGACUAUCCCCCAAUUCUUUGCACCAAAAGCACUUUCCCUUCUGUGUAUCUGAAAUGGGCUUUCUCAGUUUACCUCAAAAGGGUUUCAAGAUUUGUUGCACCUGAAACUUCUUGGAGGUCCAAAUGCCCAUAUCAACAACCCCCUCCAUUGAUACUGGCAAAGGGAGUGGAGGAAGCUCAGUGGGGAGAUGAAGAGAGGAGACAGUAUGUAAGGAAAAGGUUUAAAAGGAGACACUUUGGGAGUGAUGUGAAUCCUUUCAUUCCAUUUAUUGUGCCUAAUAUCUUGUUGUUCUCUCUUCUGUAUUGCAACCCUUUUCCAAUUGAGGGGGUAGAUUCUUGAAUUUUAGCUUGUUUUUGUGAUGUUCCUGGUUUUCUUUAAUCCCAAAUUAGAGAAAAUAUAAUAACAAUAUAGUCGGUGUAAUUCCACUCACGCAGCCUUGUGAAGGCAGAGUUAGAGGAAAUAUAUUUCUCCUAAUUGAAUAAUCAUCUGUUCAUUGACCUGA